AUGGCGAUGUCCGCCCGGUCCCCGCGGGCCGCGCCCGCCUCAGAUAAAGUACGGAAAGACAAGACUGCACAGACCUCGGGGCCCGGUCAGGCCAGCCGCAUGGGGAAACUCUUGGGUUUUGAGUGGACAGAUGUAUCCAGCUGGGGGAGGCUGGUGGCCCUGCUGAAUAGGCCGAUGGAUCCUGCAAGCCUGGCUGUCUUCCGUUUUCUAUUCGGGCUGUUGAUGGUGCUCGAUAUCCCCCAGGAGCGGGGGCUCAGCUCCCUGGACCGACGAUACCUGGAUGGGCUGGAGGUGUGCCGCUUCCCCUUGCUGGAUGUCCUGCAGCCGCUGCCACUUGACUGGAUGUAUCUUGUCUACACCGUCAUGUUUCUGGGGGCACUGGGCAUGAUGCUGGGCCUGUGCUACCGGAUAAGCUGUGUGUUAUUCCUGCUGCCGUACUGGUAUGUGUUUCUCCUGGACAAGACGUCAUGGAACAACCACUCCUAUCUGUAUGGUUUGUUAGCUUUUCAGCUGACCUUCAUGGAUGCAAACCGCUACUGGUCUGUGGAUGGUCUGCUGAAUACCCGGAAGCGGAAUGCCCACGUGCCUCUCUGGAACUACGCUGUGCUGCGUGGCCAGAUUUUCAUUGUGUACUUCAUUGCGGGUGUGAAAAAACUGGAUGCAGACUGGGUGGAAGGCUAUUCCAUGGAGAACCUGUCCCGGCACUGGCUCUUCAGUCCCUUCAAACUCGUAUUGUCGGAAGAGAUGACCAGUCUGCUGGUGGUGCACUGGUGCGGACUGCUCCUUGACCUCUCGGCUGGUUUCCUGCUCUUCUUCGACGCCUCAAGAUCCGUGGGCCUCCUCUUCGUGUCCUACUUCCACUGCAUGAACUCCCAGCUUUUCAGCAUUGGGAUGUUCCCCUAUGUCAUGCUGGCCAGCAGCCCUCUCUUCUGCUCCCCUGAGUGGCCUCGGAAGCUGGUGUCUCACUGCCCCAAAAGGCUGCAAGAACUGCUGCCCCUCAAGGCUGCCCCUCAGCCCAGUGCCUCCUGCGUGUAUAAGAGGAGCCGGGCCAAAGGCAGUCAGAAGCCAGGGCUGCGCCAUCAGCUAGGCACUGCCUUCACCCUGAUCUAUCUCCUGGAGCAGCUCUUCCUGCCCUAUUCCCACUUCCUCACCCAGGGCUAUAACAACUGGACAAAUGGACUCUACGGCUAUUCCUGGGACAUGAUGGUGCACUCCCGCUCCCACCAGCACGUGAAAAUCACCUACCGUGAUGGCCGCACUGGCGAGCUGGGCUACCUUAACCCCGGGGUAUUCACACAGAGCCGGCGAUGGAAGGAUCAUGCAGACAUGCUGAAGCAAUAUGCCACUUGCCUGAGCCGCCUGCUUCCCAAGUACAAUGUUACUGAGCCCCAGAUCUACUUUGAUAUCUGGGUGUCCAUCAAUGAACGCUUCCAGCAGAGGCUUUUUGACCCUCAUGUGGACAUCGUGCAGGCUGCCUGGUCCCCCUUCCAGCCCACCCCUUGGCUGCAGCCACUGUUGAUGGACCUGUCUCCCUGGAGGGCCAAGUUACAGGAGAUCAAGAGCAGCUUGGACAACUAUACUAUGGUGGUCUUCAUUGCCGAUUUCCCCGGGCUGCACCUAGAGAAUUUUGUGAAUGAAGACCUGGGCAACACUAGCAUCCAGCUGCUUCAGGGGGAGGUGAUUGUGGAGCUGGUGGCAGAACAGAAGAACUAUACUCUUCAGGAGGGAGAAAAAAUGCAGUUGCCUGUUGGCGAGUACCAUAAGGUGUACACAGUGUCACCCAGUCCUUCCUGCUACAUGUACGUCUAUGUCAACACGACGGAAGUUGCACUGGAGCAAGAACUGGCAUAUCUACAAGAAUUGAAAGAGAAGGUGGAGAAUGGAAGUGAAACAGGACCUCUACCCCCCGAGCUGCAACCUCUGCUAGAAGGGGAAGUAAAAGGAGGUCCUGAGCCAAUACCUCUGGUUCAGACCUUUCUUAGACGCCAGCAAAGGCUCCAGGAGAUUGAACGCCGGCGAAACUCCCCUUUCCAUGAGCGAUUCUUCCGAUUCUUGAAGCGAAAGCUCUAUAUUUUUCGCCGCAGCUUCCUGAUGACUUGUAUCUCACUUCGAAAUCUGGCGUUAGGUCGCCCUUCCUUGGAGCAACUGGCCCAAGAGGUGACUUAUGCAAACUUGAGACCCUUUGAGCCACUUGGAGAGUUGAAUCCUUCAAACACAGAUUCUUCAAAUUCUAAUCCUCCUGAACCAAAUUCUGAGCAUAUCCACUCAGAGUUCUGA